AAGCAGCAGGAUGCCGCGGGGAGCACACGGACUCACGGCGACCCUCUUCCCGUCUCUCGCCGCCGUGCCUCGGUCGCGGCCACUCUAAUGGGCGUUUUCAAACACCUUUUCCCGUCCUCCGAGCUUGGAUAUUUUCGAAAGACGCGAAAUGAAGCGAAUGAAUGUGAGCAACAAGAAGUAUCCUGUUGUCUGUCUCCAGCAUCACUAGUAGACUCAGUGGAUGCGGCGCCUCUGUGAUGUUAUUUUUUUACACUAGUUGUCUGCUUUAAGGAUUUGGUGUAGGGCUGAGUAGUGGACUACCCAACUUUCCCCCCGCUUUUUGUUGUCUUUUUCGAGGUUUUCCGUCUGUGAAACAAAGCUUUCAAGAUCUAGACCCAACUCCGGAAAACCAGCGACUUGACAUCUGCUCCCGGCGGAAUAACCUUACUUAGCGGUUAUUCGCCUUUACAAGCAUCUUCUCCGGGCCGCGCUGGAAGUCGCCUCCUAUGUGGCCGUCGGGAGUGGGGAACAGGCAGCCCUGCCCACGGGAGUCGGCGCUGCGCAGGGCGGCCGUCAGCGGAAACAUCAGUGCGCUGCCACCGCACCACGUUCCCAGCGGCCGCAGCGUCCGAGUCUUCAUCUGCGCCAAUCCCGACGACACAGAAGCUGAGAGGAACGCACUGAAAGAGCACGUCUACCCCAAACUGAGAGACUUCUGCAGGGAGAACUAUGGGAUUGAAUUCCAGGUGGUGGACCUGUACUGGGGAGUGGAUCCUGAGGAGUGGGACAGUCCAGAGCUGCACAGACUCCGGAUGAAACUUCUGGAGGAGUGUCUGAAGACAUCAGCUGGACCAUGCUUCGUUGCUCUGGUGGGAGAGAAAUACGGCAGCAUCCGAGUGCCAGGGGAGGUGGAAUCAGCAGAGUUUGAGAUGAUCCUCGAUGCUGCCGUGGAGGCGGGCCUGGACACACACAUCUUGGAGGAGUGGUACUGCAGGGAUGAAAACUCUGUGCCACCCGCUUACUACCUCAAACCCAAAGCCCAAAUGCUCAAGAACUACCAGAACUCCAUGGAGUCAAGCAGCGCAGCAAAAACCAAGAAUGACAAGGCCUGGAGGAACGUGUCGGAGGAGAUCAAGAGGACCUUCCGAACAGCCGUGCUGCACCUCCAGGAGAAGGGGACCAUGAAGAACACAGAGGCCAACAAAUUCCUUUGCUCUGCUUUGGAAGACGAGUUAGACUUCGCCCUCGGGAAACAAACCCCCGCCUUUCUCAGGAAAUGUGUUUGCUACAUUCGCAAGAUCUCUAACUUUGACCGCUUCGCCAAGCUCCCCGAGAUGGCCCGCUACAUGGACAUCGUGGAGAGCGGCGACCGCGUCAUGCGCAACCAGGAAGCCUACGAGCGGCUGCUGAAGGUACGGGACGAGUUCAUCCCCACCAUCGUGGCUGCCUCCAACCUGCGCGUCUACUCCUCAGUCACCCACUGUGACAUGAAGCUUGGCUACUCGCAGGAAGUGGAGAGCCACUACGUGGAAGGUCUCUGUAAGCAGUUCUACGAGGACAUGGUGGAUAUCAUCCAAGCGACGGUUCAGCAGAACUUCGACACAGAGACCGACCCGCUGUACGAUGAGGUCCUACAGCACCUGUCCCUCUGUAAGAACUACGCCGCCCUCUAUAAGUACAAGUCAGAGACUCUGGACUUCGUGCAGGAGUACCUCAUGCCAUCUAAGGGGAGUAGGAUGAGCCCUCUAGUGGUCUACGGAGGACCUUGCACAGGAAAGACCUUGCUGCUCUCUGAGGCGGCCAAACAGGCCUAUGCUUGGCUUCAGAAAGAGUUGGGACCUGAAACUGAUCCAGUGGUCAUCGUAAGGUUCAUUGGCUCCAGCCAACCCUCCACAGACCUACGAACUCUACUCCAGAGCAUCUGUGAACAGAUUGCAAUAAACUACCGCUGCCUGAUUCACUUUUUGCCUAAUAAGAUUCAAGAGAUGAAGGAACUCCUAAUAAACCUUCUUGGAGAAUCUUCAUUCCAUAGGCCUUUGGUCAUCGUCCUGGAUGCCUUAGAGCAGCUCUCUGAUGCAGACGACGCUCGCAAGCUGUGGUGGCUUCCCAUACAUCUUCCUCGCACAGUCCGCAUUGUUGUAUCAACGCUGCCUAAUAAGCAUGGCAUCUUGCAGAAGCUCCGCCACCUCAUCCACGAUGAGAGCUAUUAUGUGGAACUAAUCCAGAGAGAUCGAAAAAUUUGCAGCCAAAUGUUAAAGCAGCAGUUGCUUGGGGUGAAGAGAAAGGUAACCUCAGGCCAGCAGAUUUAUGUCAAUGAGGCACUUGCCAAGUGUACAUUGCCAAUGUUUGUGAAUCUCAUCUAUAGAGAGGUAGUCCACUGGAGGUCUCACAAAGAUGUGGAUGAUAAAUCGCUCUGCUCUACUGUGCAUGAGAGCAUAGAGCAUCUUUUCUACUCUGUAGAGAACAAGCUGGGCCAGCGAUUUGUCUUCAGAGCAUUAGGAUAUAUCACCAUGGCCAAGGCUGGGCUUACAGAGGUUGAGCUGGAAGACAUCCUGUCUCUUGACAACAUAGUUCUAGGUGAUGUAAUUGUUGCAAGUUACCUCAAAAACCCUCUGAGGAUCUCCUAUGACUUAGUUGCUAAACUCAGGGAGGAGUUAGAAGGCUAUCUGGUUGAGCGACAAGUGCGAAAUGUCACAUUGAUGGUCUGGGCCAACCGGCACUUGCAUCUUAUCGCCCAGAAGUUGUAUCUCAGCAAUGAAGAAGAUGUGCAUCAAAUGCACAGCCUCUUGGCUGAGUACUUCCUAGGAGCAUGGUCUGGAGGCAGGAAGAAAAUCUUUACUUAUGAUAACAACCAUUUCACUUCCCUGAACAUUUCUCAUCACAAAAACCCUCAUCAUCAACAGUCCCAUGAAAAAACGUCAUCUGACAAAUACUCUUAUGACAGACAGACGCCUGAACAGCCUUGGGUGUUCCAAUGCAACCUCUUAGAGCCUGACAUUUUCUUUGUCAAUCACAGAAAGAUGGCAGAGCUGGUGUAUCACCUCACCAGGAGUGGCCGCACGGAUGACCUCAUGUUUGGAGUCAUCAUGAACUUCAGUUGGCUCUAUACAAUGAUUAAGAUUAGUCAGUUUGACAAGGCUUUAAUGGACAUUGACCUAGCUUACAGCUGCAGCCAAGAAAAAGAGCUGAAGUUUCUGGCCACCACUCUCCGUUGCAUUAAGGUAAAAGUACUUAAAAACCCCGCAUCACUGUCUGCAGAACUGCAGCAAAGGCUGUUGCCAGUAGUCACUUCCCUACCUAAGCUUAGACACCUCCUUCUAGAGUGUGACAAAGAUGGGCCAAAAUACUGCUCUAUAGUGCCUCUCCACUCCUCUAUGGAUGUCACCUACAGUCCAGAAAGGCUUCCUCUUUGCUCCAGCUACAUGCAGAUUGUGGAGAUCUUGCCCACUCUAGCCCCAAACAUAGUCUUAGUAGCAUUAGAAGAUGGAUCUAUCAGUACAUGGGAUGUAGAGAGCAGGCAGCUCCUACGACAGAUUGAUACAGCUAGGUCUGUUGUGCUGGGGAUCAGGCUAACCACUGAUGAGAAAUAUCUGGUUGUUGCUACAACCAAAAAUACCCUGCUCAUUUAUGAUAAUCACAAGUCCUGCCUUUUAUCAGAGGUAGAAAUAAAGGGGUCAAAGCACAGUGGUGUUGCUGGUGGAGUUGCUUUCAUCAAUGGUUUUACUCUCUCUACCCAUCAUGCUUUGGCCUGGCUUGAGGCUAGUAAAGAUGUCAGCAUUAUUGAUCUUGUCUAUGGUUGGCCUCUCUACCAGUUUCAUUGCUGGUAUGAGGUGACAUGUGUCCAGUGUUCACCAGAUGGACUGUACGCCUUCUGUGGCCAGUACCUCAACACAACAUCCAUCUUUCAUCUAGGAAAUGGAGAGAAGUUGGCCACUGUGACAUCUGAGUUUUCUGGGGGAUUUGUCAAGUCCAUUCUUGUUCUAGAUACCCUCAGCCAAAUGGUAAUGAUUGACAAUGAAGGUAGUUUGUCUGUGUGGAACACCAAAGAGAUUACCAACCCGAAGCUGAUGGAAGACUAUGAUUGCAGGGGGGAUGAGAGUGAAGUAGUGGGUAUUGAGUUAUCAGAGGACCAACGCUCCAUUCUCAUUUGCAAGGUGUGGAGCAUAGAGGUUCUUGACACAAAAGUAUGGAAAAUGGUAGAGAAAUUCAAAGCCAAGCGUAGUGAGCGCUUUGUUGCUGCCGUUCUCUCCAAAAAUGGUCAGAGCAUUGUGGCUUCCAUGGAGAACACCUCUUCCAUAUUCGUUUGGAGAAGAGACAGUGGGCAAUGCAUGGCUAGCCUGAUUGAGGUCUCAGGGGCUAUUGUUAAACUCAUCAAAUCGGCCCACCACAACCUACUCCUUUCUGUUGCCAGCAGUGGAGUUCUGUCUGUUUGGGACAUUGACAUAAUCACCGCCAUGUCUAACAUUGACAAAACUGGCAAAAAGAUCCAGACCUUACAACUUUCUAGUCGAGAGGACUAUGUGUUUACCAUGGAUGGCUCAGAAGCCGUACACAAGUGGAACUUCAGCACUGGCUUCAUCGAGACAGUCUUCAAACAUGAGGGCAUAGUGGAGAACUGUGUCCUUACCUCCUCAGGGGAUCUAAUGGUAUCUUCAGAUGACAAGUCUAGUCAGUACAUCUGGCAAACCAACACUGGAGAAAACAUUUUCCGCAUAAGUGGACAAAGAAUAUCCCAGCUGCUAAUAACCCACAAUGACCAGUUUGUGGUGUCUCUCUGUGAGCAGAAUGCCUCCAGAGUCUGGAGGCUUGCUACUGGGCACAAAGUCUGCAACAUUUUAGUCACGCUCCAGAAUGCACUGAUCACCACAGCAAACACUUUCCUAGUGGGAACAUCCAAGAAUAAACUUCUUGCUGUCAGCCUGUGGUCAGGAAGUGUGUCCAAAAAAUUUGUCUGUGAUGAUGGCAUCACCAUUGUCAACUUCAAGCUCAUUCCUGACUGCCCUGACUGUGCAGUCUUCAUCACUUCCACUGAGACUGUCUUCAUCUGGAGUGUAGCAGAUGAGUCAGUAUGCAGACGAGUCCAGCUGCCAACCAACUUUCUCAAAAAUCUGGAGGACUUCCAAAUCUCACCAAAUGGGAAGUUAGGGAUAGUCUCCAAAGGGGAUGAGAACAUCAACGUUCUGGAUCUUCACAGUGGGAAACUGAGGCUUGUCCAUGCAGCAGGUAUAAUCUGGCGUCAAAAAUUAUCAAGAGAUGGACGCUACCUUGUAUAUGUUUGCUUCAGAAACUGUGAUGAGGAUGAUGAUGCAGGUGUAGUAUCCAGUCUCAUUGUGAUGCGUCUUGCAGAUGGCAAGAGCAUUGGCACAUGUUCGUUAUACAAGACCCCCACCUUCCUGUCUCUUUCCCAGAGAGCGCUAAACAUCAUCAUAGGCUUUGAGGACGGCAGCAUUGGCACAUACACGGUCGUAGAUCGUGUUGAUGCUACUCUCAAGAUAAAGAUAGCCACCUCCAACAGCCGACAGAUUGUCAACAAUGCCUCGCAAAAGGUACGCCCUAAAUGUGGCAACCAUUCCUUUAAAACUGUUGCUGACUGCACCUGGAGGGAAUCAACAGAAGUCUUCUCAAGAGACAGCCCUAUUAAUGUGUCAGACUCCGGAGAGGGUGAGUCGACCACGCCUACAAAAAAGACUGAGGUAGUGCCAUGAAAUAUGGAGGAAAAGUGGAGUUAUGAGAAGAGGAAAUUUAGAAUCUCUGGGUUUGCAGUUGAUUCUUGUUUACAGCCACGUGAUUCAGCUGCAGAUGUCUGUCCUGUGGGGGUGGGGGGUUAAUGGGCCGACGAUUUUAACGCUGCACUCUAAUGAUGUAUUACUUACUUCCAACUUUAUGUUAGAUUUACACAUAAAGACUGUUAGACAAAAAAGUGUUACUGAAAAAAUGAAUCGGUCAAUUAUGUACCUUCUUAGUUUGCCAUUGUGUCCUUUUGCAUUUGAAGAACAAAAUGAUCGAAAUGUCUUAGUCCAACAUUUUCAAAGCCAAUCCAGUGGUCUUAGCCACUUUCAUUAUGUUAUUUACAUUGUACAUGUGAAGCCAUAAUGUUGUUCUUCAGAAUAUAUUCAUGUUUGUAUCAACAUCAGGUGGUACUGUACAAAGAGAAAGAACCACAAACAUACAUGUACAGUACUUAUCUCAUUUUGGCUGCUGCAGUUUGUGCAACUCCUUAAAGAUGUUAAGUUGUGCUUAAUGCAAUCAAAGUGAGUGCCUGAAAUGUAAAAUGUUCUUCAUGUGCAGAUUACAAAAAUCAUGAAAGUGCAGGGACUUUGUAAACACAGUAUACGCACCAUUGAUACUGAAAUCCAGUCAACAUCUGGAGAGAUCCAUGGCAUUGCUCUAAAUAAUUUCUCUGAACAGUUUACGUAGAUUAGAUGUGACUUUAUCUGUAGACCCAUCAGUUUGUGUGCGGGUUGUUUUAAGGGAAACAACACUAUUGAGCAUACAGUGUAGCAUAGCACCAUACACAUCGACGCCUUAACCUGUGUACUUGCUUUAGGUUCUGUGGAGUUCAAAUGUUCCUGUAUAAAUAAGGACAGAGUGGGUAAUUAGUAGUUUUGUCACUCAAUGGAAGCACUUUAUGGGUGGUUUGUGAGAAAUCAGUAGAAUUUUUAGAUGAAAUAUUUAGAUUGUUGAAAAUAUUUAGAUUUGUCUUAAGUAAAAUAAAUAUUUGGUCUGCUGACAAAAACACACAAGCUAUUUUAUAAAAUGCUAAGCUUUCCCAAAAUUUAACUGAUUUGAACAGUGAAAAAAAAGUUGUCAUCAGAGCAGUACGAAGCCAUUUGGAAAUAAUUGGGACUAAACAAGGAUAAAACAAGGGACAUGAUGUCUACGAAAGAAUUUCAAAGAUUUUGGUUGUUAUCUUUGGUAAAACAUGAAUGCAAAUGUGAGGGGAGAAAAUGUAGCCAUAGCAAAAAUUAUCUUGGAAACAUCUGAGCACAGAUUCAAAGCAGAUGUUUUUUUUUUUUGUUUUUUUUUUUUUUUUUGGGUUGGGUGGUUGGUUUUGCAUUUAUUUUAAAACCUUUUUAAUGUUUGUUUUACAGUUUUGCCAAAGAUGCAACAGCCUUUGAAGUUUUCAUGGUCAGUGCCAGUGUCCAAAUGUUCAUACCAAUAUGCUAUGUAUUUGUCUUUAAGAAUGAUAAAUGAGAUUGUCAUAAUAGUGUCCAACACAUUAGUACAAAACCAGUGAAAGUCUUAAUGCACACUAUACAUGAAAGCACUGGACACUUUGAUUUUUAUUUUUAUAACUUAUGCAAAGUAGUCAAGCUUGCAAAAAAACUACUUUGAGUUAGUUAGCUAAGUACUGUGAUAUACUUGCUCUUUAACCUCGCGUUGGCACAGGCAGUCGGCUGCGUUCACAUACUUACUGCCACACUGCACUGCACUGCAUGUAGUACUGGAGUGUACCACUAGGGGGCACAUUAGACUACUCAGACCAGACAGAGAGCCGGGUUUGUGGGUGCAACCAAAACAAACAUGGUGGCAAUAGAAGAGAUCAGUAACUGGUUUAUUUUAAGUUCACGACAGAAAAAAAACACAGCUGUGGCACCGUAGGUGGUACAAAAUACCUCUAAAUCAGAGGAGUCGCCAUGGCGAGUGUGUCUUGCUUGUUUUGUCAACUCCACCUACUGGUUACACGUAUAUUGCAGACUUCAGAUGUGUCGCAUUCAUUACAGAGGACGCGCACAAACAACGCAUCAAAUCAACGAAAGUAAUGCUUGGCAGCCAUUUUAAACAUGCGUUAGCAUCGUUAAAUAAAGUACAUUUCACAGCCCUAAGAGGUUUUGCCCUUUUUUGCUAUGUUUGUAUUAUUUAGGCUUUACGAAUUAGAGCGAUGUUCCAUGUGUUAAACAAAUAUGGUAUAACAGAUUAUAGCUGAAUGUUAUAGCUUAGCUUAGCCAUGAUAUAGAGAAGCUUAGCUUAGCUCAGUCCUGUUGGGUUUAAACUUAGCUAAUCUGAGUGUGGCCCAGUCAGUGUUUAUUUGGUGCCACCUAGCUUGGCGUGGUCCAGAUAGGAUUUGCUGUAUUAGUUUAGCCUUGAUUGUUUUUAUCUAGAUGUAGCUUAGCUUAGAUUCUCCAUUUUAAUUUUACCUUCCAUGUUUUAUUUAAGCUUGGUCUUUUUUGUUUUAUUUUUCUGUUCACCCCUUAAAUUUCCAGGUUUAAUGAACGUAGUGGGGUUUUGUCCCAUGGGCAGGGACACUGGAAUGCUAAUUAGCUUAGCCUCAACUAGGUUGGAUUAAUUUUGUAUUACUUCAUUUAGCCAUGCUCUGUUUGGCAUAGCUUAGCUUAAUCUAUUUUAUCCUAAGAGUUUUGAUGGUUUCUUAACUCUCCCACUGUCUUUAUGGGUGAUCCCGCGAGGAGAGUUGACCAUUGAGCAGGACUGAUGGUUUAUCCCUUGAGGUCCACGUGGCAGGGGUGAGGUGGUGCUAAACCAUCAACCCUGCUCAAUGGUCAACUUUCCUCAUGGGGUCACUCCCAUUGGGACAGUGGGAGGGUUAAGGGUAACUUGACUUUUGUGUAUUUAAAGAAAUGUAGCUUUUUGUCCAAAGAAUAUUUUAUUUAAAUAGACAAGUAGAGAGUUUCAAGCUUUUAAAUUAUAGCUUUGAUUGGGCUUGUCCUGUAUGACUGAGAAUUUGUACCAAACUAAAUUUUGCUGGGCUCUGCCCUAUUUUGUUUAGUUAGGCUAAGGAUAUCUUAGUUUGACUUAAUUUUGCUUUAUUUAGCUUAACUUAUUUUGGCUUAGCAUAAUUUAGCUUGAAAUAAAAGUAACGAAACAAACAUAAGGUAAAAGCACACAUAGUAGGGAUUUAGUGAAUAGUAUGGACUUUUGGACACAAGGUGUAACUGAAGACAUCGUAUACGUUGAAAAUAAAGAUCUGCUGACAAUCUAAGCAUUAUCGUCAUUUUGAGGUUGUACCGUGCAGAUGCAGUGGAGGCUUUCUAUACAGCAAAGUACCUAUUUGUUCAGCAGUUUUAAUUUGAGAUCUUCUGAAAAGCAUGAAAUGGAAGUUAAAAAAACACUUUUCCUCUGACAUUUACUUUUUAAGGGCUAUUACAUCAUAUUCGAAGUUUACUACUUUUAAACAGUUUCGACAACAGCCCUUUGAAAAUAUCAAACCUGGUAGCAGCACCAAGCUUUAAAGCUUCCCACCGACUCAAGAGUUUCUAAAUUUAAAGAAAUCUAUAUAAAUAACAUAUUCUAUUAUGUAAUUGCCAAAGUUCAAAAUAUAGUUCAACUUGUUGACCGUCUCAUUUGUUUUUUAGGGCUUGUACUGUAAUUAUCUUGUUACCAAAUUGUUGAAGUGUUGGACCGUGGUUAUGUUUAUGAUAGAGAAAAUGUGCUAUCUUUGCUAAAAAGUAAAAAAAAAAGAGAUUCUCUUAUGAAAAUAUAUUGGAAUGCCAGUUCAAGAGUAUAUUUGAAUGUGUCCAUAUGGAAGCCAGUAAAUGGUAUUAUUGUAUGUUAUGUAACUUGAAUGACUUUUAACAACUUACAUGUUUGCAACUUCUAGUUGACAUACUGGUAAUGAAUGUUUCUAUGGUAUUCUUUCUAUCGUCAGGACUGACUUACCUGUUUAGAGAUUUAUAUUUUCAUAAAUGUUGUACUUACAUUUUGUUACAGAGUUGUUUAACUGGAAAUUAAACAGAAAAGAAACUUAUGUCUGAAGCAAUAUGAACCUAGUGUGUAUGCAUUGUUUGUAUGAAACAAUUUAAUGUAAUAAAAUGGGUCACUUUUUGCCUCCA